AUGAAGUUCAACACUGCUUCCUCCUUUGCUCUCGCCUCCCUCGCUGCCUCGCUCGUCUCGGCCGCGCCUCUCUCCAAGCGCGCCGACUCGACCUUCAGUCUCUUGACUAUCGCCUCGGGCUCGGCUCUCCAGUACGCCAACGUCGGUGCUUCCGACGGUGCCGUCACCAUCGCCGGUGACUCCACCAUCUUCACCAUCGACAGCGGCAGACUCUUCAUCGACGGCUCCGAGCAGAUCAUCUACAUCGAUCCCAGCUCCCGCCAGGUCAAGUACUCCACCAGCCCUCCCGCGGAAGCCGUCACCGUCGCCUGGUCGCUCAGCUCCGACGGCAACAGCCUCGUCCUCAACAGCGAGAGCAACGGUGUCGCCUGCCCUGCCUCGGGUUCCGCCUACUCGCUCUACUGGGGCAACGGCACCUCGGCAGACUUCUGCGGCAGCGAUGCCAUCGGCGUCGAGCUCUACUACGUCGAGGAAACCGUCAGCGCCUCCUCCUCCUCCGUCGCGUCCUCGACCUCCUCCGUCGCGGCUGCCACCUCUUCCGUCGCGGCUGCCACCUCUUCCGCCGCUGCCUCGUCGUCCGAGGACCUCUUCGGCGUCCUUGCCAUCCGCUCUGGCUCGCCGAUCCAGUACGCCGGCCUCUCGAUCAAGGGUGAUGGCAACCUCUACUUUGGCGCCGAGACCUCGAUCGAGAACUACAUCGACAGCGGCGCGCUCAAGAUCGAGGGCUCGGAUGCAACCAUCUACGUUGAUCCCAAGACCUCUGCUCUCAAGUACAGCACCAACCCUCCCGCUGAGGCUGUUGCGGUCGCUUGGACUAUCGACGGCACCACUCUCGAGCUGAACGGUGAGAGCGACGCUAUUGCCUGCGGCGACAACUACCAGGUCUACUGGUCGACCUCUGGCAGCGAUGACGUCUGCGGCGGCAAGACUGCCUACGGCGCUCUUCUUUACGUCUCGCCUAUCUCCUCGACUACCGCCGCUUCCACCACUUCCUCUGCCGCGGUCUCCACCGUCUCGGCCGCUGGUUCGUCCUCUGCCACCACCACCACGACUCUUGUGACCAAGACCAAGACCGCUGCCGGCUCUGCUGCUACCACCACCACUGUCGCUACCACUUCCGUCGCCGUUGCCGCUGCCGCCUCUGCCGCUAAGGCCACCGCGUCGCUCUUGCCUCCCAACCUCCUGAUCCCCGUCAAGAAGGAGAACCCCAACAAGGUCUUUGGCGCUCAGUACACCGGCUCGAUCGUUGCUGGCGACAAGGAGGUCGACACCUUUGCCUCCUUCGACAUUCCCCAGCUCAAGGACUCUGUCAAGUCCUGCAAGUUGAUCUGGACCCCUCCCUCCGCCAACUCGUUCCCUUCGACCAUCUCCGGCUCCAAGAAGUUCCAGAUCUUCAAGAUCGCCGACACCCUCGACGAGUCCACUCUCUCCUGGAACAAGCGCCCCACUCGCGGUGACUUGGUCGGUGUCGUCGACGCCACCACCGGCACUUUCACCGCCUCCUCUGUCUCUUGCGACUUUGGCAAGAAGCAGCAGUUCGAGCUCGCUCCUUACGGAUCUGAGGACGAGGUCUCCUGGUUCCAGGAGUGGAACCCGCUCACCGGUCUCAACUACGCCCUUCUUGCUUAA